AUGAGUCUCGGCCCCCAAUGCUGGCGCUGCCGCAAACGCCGCCUACGCUGCGACUCCUCCCUCCCCUCCUGCCUUAAAUGCGCCCUCGCCUCCGUCUCCUGCCCCGGCUACGCUCCAACCCGCCCCAUCGCCUGGCGCAACCCGCUCCUCCUCACGUCCCACGGCAUCGUACGCGUGCGCGAGAACGGCGCCCACGAGAAGGCGGGCCUCGGGCGCGCGAGCGUGAUGGGCAUCGUGUGCCGCGCGCCGCGGAGCGUGCGGUCCGAGGUGGAGUUGCGCAUUGCGGCGGAUGCGAUUGAGUAUUCACCGGAUUUGGUGCCGUACGCGACGGAGCGGAGUCCGUACCAGAUCUCGCCGAGUGAGAUCGGGGAGUUGGCGGAGUAUGUGCGCAAAUCGUACAUUUCGAUAGCGGCGCUGCAUAGGUUCGUCAGCGGGGAGCCGGCGGGUGUGGCGCGGGUGAGCCCCGGGACGCUCCGGCCGGCGCCCGACGGGUCGGACAUUUCGGAGCUCAUGGCGGCGGGGGAUUUUGAGAGUGUGCAUUUCGCGUCGCAAGCAGCUGCGAUCAGGGCAUUGAGCGAGGAGCUCGGGAAGCACCAGUCCGAUCAGAACGCCGCCGGGGCGGGGCCGGAGAUUCUGCUUGGAAUCAUGUUGAUGCUCUCAUCACAGAUCCAGUACUCGGCAUACGCGCCAUGGCAGGCUCACAUCCACGGAGCAUGGAGCUUAAUAGCCGCGCAAGGCGGCAUGGAAGUGCUAGCCAAGGCGAGUACGGACCUCUGUCGCGUCUUGCAACAAGUCGCCGUCGUGGACAUAUUCGGCAUAUCGACGACCUGCCUGACAGAGGCGUCAGCAAAGACUGUUCUCUCGCGGUACGCUUCGUACGCGAUGAUCUUCGACGAGAGCAUGGUUGAGAUCGCCAACCCGUGGACGCUUAUGCCGAACGGGCUGGCUAGGACCAUCAACCAGAUCAACACGCUGCGCGCAGAGAAUCUUCUGCUUCCGUCAGCGAAAUCGCGCACGCAAGGCCUGUUGGCGGUACUGGAGUUCCUCGACGCUGCGUCGCCCGAUGCCUGGGCUGCUGAAGUCGCGACCAAUGCCACCGUCUUGCUGACGCCCGGCAGAUUGAGUGAAGACGUCGAGACGAGGACCGCAUGGAAAGCUCUGAUGACUGCUUUCUUGAACGCCACGGUUUUAUAUGCCAUUAAUAGCCUGGCAGGACUAGGCGAGACGUCUCUGAGACCUGUCGCGCGCUCCCAACAGUCAAUGUCGUCCCUUGUCUCUAGGGAGGCGGCAGCAUACGAUGCGCUAAUGUCCUCCAUUCGCGUCCUCUUCGACCAAAGAGCCCAACGACGGGAACCCCAAGACAGGACAGACCCCCCCGCAACCAGCGCCGGUUUGCUGCACAAAUUCGUCAUCUGGCCGAUGGUGGUCGGCGGCAUCCAAGCCGCGCUCGUCCGUCGCGACGACGAAGCCGCCGGGUACCUGUGCUCGGGGAUGCAAUCCAUCGGCGAAGAGCUGGGCACGGUCAGCAUGAUAGACGGUGCCCGUCUCGUGGAGAAGCUGAGCCAAGCGCAUAGAAACGGCCCCGAGCUGACAUCGUGGGACGCCCUCUUCGACGGGGCACCCCUGUUCUUGAUGUGA